GUCCGGGAUCCGCCUCCCUCGGCUCCCCACGGUCCUCGUCCCGGCGCCCAGGACGCCGCUGGUCAGUGUCAUGUGACUUAUGCCCGGGCCCCGAGCCCGAGCCGGGACCUCUAGGCGAAGAGGAGCUGAUCUCCGCUCGAGAACCUGAAGGGUGUCUUGGGUCAGGCCCAUCUGUACCGUGUGCCAUGGGGGCACUGUGGGCCCUCCUUCUGGCCUUGGCCGCAGGCCUGGCCGCUGCCAGCCCACCGAACGUCGUGCUCAUCUUUGCUGACGACCUGGGCUAUGGGGACCUGGGCUCCUACGGGCACCCCAGUUCCACCACCCCCAACCUGGACCAGCUGGCUGCAGGGGGGCUGCGGUUCACAGAUUUCUAUGUGCCUGUGUCUCUGUGCACACCCUCCCGGGCCGCCCUCUUGACCGGCCGGCUCCCAGUUCGGAUGGGCAUGUACCCUGGAGUCCUGGAGCCUAGGUCCCGGGGGGGCCUGCCCCUGCAGGAGGUGACCCUGGCUGAGGUCCUGGCAGCCCGAGGCUACCUCACAGGAAUGGCUGGCAAGUGGCACCUUGGGGUGGGGCCAGAGGGGGUCUUCCUGCCCCCGCAUCAGGGCUUCCAUCGAUUCCUAGGCAUCCCGUACUCCCAUGACCAGGGCCCCUGCCAGAACCUGACCUGCUUCCCACCGACCACCCCCUGUGACGGCAGCUGUGACCAGGGCCUGGUCCCCAUCCCACUGUUGGCCAACCUGUCCGUGGAGGUGCAGCCUCCCUGGCUGCCCGGCCUGGAGGCCCGCUACAUAGCUUUCGCCCGUGACCUCAUGGCUGACGCCCAGCGCCAAGGUCGCCCGUUCUUCCUGUACUACGCAUCCCACCACACCCACUACCCCCAGUUCAGCGGGCAUAGCUUUGCAGAGCGCUCAGGCCGCGGGCCGUUUGGGGACUCCCUGAUGGAGCUGGAUGCGGCUGUGGGGGCCCUGAUGAUGGCCAUAGGGGACCUUGGGCUGCUUGAAGAGACACUGGUCAUCUUCACCUCCGACAACGGACCUGAGACGAUGCGCAUGACCCGAGGCGGCUGCUCUGGCCUUCUGCGAUGUGGAAAGGGGACGACCUUCGAGGGGGGUGUCCGAGAGCCUGCCGUGGCCUUCUGGCCAGGCCACAUCGCUCCCGGUGUGACCCACGAGCUAGCCAGCUCCCUGGACCUGCUGCCCACCCUGGCAGCCCUGACGGGGGCCCCGCUGCCCAAUGUCACCUUGGAUGGCUUUGACCUCAGCUCCCUGCUACUGGGCACAGGCAAGAGCCCUCGGCAAUCUCUCUUCUUCUACCCGGCCUACCCAGAUGAGGUCCACGGGGUCUUUGCUGUGCGGAGUGGGAAGUACAAGGCUCACUUCUUCACCCAGGGCUCCACCCACAGCGACACCACUGCAGACCCUGCCUGCCACGCCGCCAGCCCCCUGACUGCUCACGAGCCCCCAUUGCUCUACGAUCUGUCCGAGGACCCUGGUGAGAACUACAACCUUCUGGAGGUUGUGGCUGAGGUCACCCCCGAAGCACUGCAGGCGAUGAAAAAGCUGCAGCUGCUCAAGGGCCAGUUCGAUGCAGCUAUGACCUUCGGCCCCAGCCAGAUCGCCCGGGGUGAGGACCCCACCCUGCAGAUCUGCUGCCAGCCCGGCUGCACCCCCUACCCAACCUGUUGCCACUGCCCAGACACCCAGGCCUGAGGGCUCUGGCCCAGUCCACAGGGAGACCCUGGCUUGGGCAUGUGAGAGUUCACUGCUGUGAGCAUGGGGGGUGCAGGUGUGUGGAAGUAGCAUGUACCUGAUGAUGUAAUAACACCAGCUGAGACUUGCAGGUGUGA